AUGGGAGCGGCCAAGUCGAGGGACCCCACUCCUCUUUCCUUCUGUGCUUGCCUGGCGGCGGGGCUGGGGACUGGGGCUCUAUGGCCUCUUCCCACCGCUGAGGCCUCCUCCGGGCCUUCCAGCCCAGUGUCCUCUGAAUCAACUAAAAACUUUCCACCCAGAAAACUCCUGAAGUUGAGUUUGAGAGGCGACACGGCGGCGGCGGCCGCGCUGCUCCCGCUCCUCUGUCUCCCCAUGGAUAUGCACUGCAAAGCAGACCCCUUCUCCGCGAUGCACCCAGGGCACGGGGGUGUGAACCAGCUUGGGGGGGUGUUUGUGAAUGGCAGGCCCCUGCCCGACGUGGUGAGGCAGCGCAUCGUGGAGCUGGCCCACCAGGGUGUGCGGCCCUGCGACAUCUCCCGGCAGCUGCGGGUCAGCCACGGCUGUGUCAGCAAAAUCCUGGGCAGGUACUACGAGACCGGCAGCAUCAAGCCCGGAGUGAUCGGCGGCUCCAAGCCCAAAGUGGCAACACCCAAAGUUGUGGACAAGAUUGCUGAAUACAAGCGACAGAAUCCGACUAUGUUCGCCUGGGAGAUCCGGGACCGGCUCCUGGCGGAGGGCAUCUGUGACAACGACACAGUGCCCAGCGUCUCUUCCAUCAACAGGAUCAUCCGGACCAAAGUUCAGCAGCCUUUCCACCCAACGCCGGAUGGAGCCGGGACCGGAGUGACUGCCCCUGGCCACACCAUCGUUCCCAGUACGGCCUCCCCUCCUGUUUCCAGCACCUCCAAUGAUCCAGUGGGAUCCUACUCCAUCAAUGGGAUCCUGGGGAUCCCUCGCUCCAAUGGCGAGAAGAGGAAACGUGAUGAAGUCGAGGUAUACACUGAUCCUGCCCACAUUAGAGGAGGUGGAGGUUUGCAUCUGGUCUGGACUUUAAGAGAUGUGUCUGAGGGCUCAGUCCCCAAUGGAGAUUCCCAGAGUGGCGUGGACAGUUUGCGGAAGCACUUGCGAGCCGACACCUUCACCCAGCAGCAGCUGGAAGCUUUGGAUCGGGUCUUUGAGCGUCCUUCCUACCCUGACGUCUUCCAGGCAUCAGAGCACAUCAAAUCAGAGCAGGGGAACGAGUACUCCCUCCCAGCCCUGACCCCUGGGCUUGAUGAAGUCAAGUCGAGUCUAUCUGCAUCCACCAACCCGGAGCUGGGCAGCAACGUGUCGGGCACGCAGACAUACCCGGUUGUGACCGGUCGUGACAUGGCGAGCACCACUCUGCCUGGUUACCCCCCUCACGUGCCCCCCACUGGCCAGGGAAGCUACCCCACCUCCACCCUGGCAGGAAUGGUGCCUGGGAGCGAGUUCUCCGGCAACCCGUACAGCCAUCCCCAGUACACGGCCUACAACGAGGCUUGGAGAUUCAGCAACCCCGCCUUACUAAGUUCCCCUUAUUAUUAUAGUGCCGCCCCCCGGGGCUCCGCCCCUGCCGCUGCUGCCGCUGCCUAUGACCGCCACUAGUUACCGCGGGGACCACAUCAAGCUUCAGGCCGACAGCUUUGGCCUCCACAUCGUCCCCGUCUGACCGCCCACCCCGGAGGGAGGGAGGAUCGACGCGACAAGAAGCCUCCCGGCCACCGCCCCAGACCCACCCCAUCCCAGGACCCCUACAGCCCUUCACUUCACCCCGUCGAAGGCCGGACAGGACGGGUGGAGCCGCGGGCGGGACCCUCAGGCCCGGGCCCGCCGCCCCCAAUCCCGCCCGCCGCCCCUCCCCGCCUGCCUGGACUGCGCGGCGUCGCGAGGAGGGCCCGACGCAGCUCAUCCCCGCCUCGCCCGAGCCGACCCGGGAGCCGACCAGCCACACCGCCGGACUCUGGUCGGGCCCGCCGCUGCGCGGGGGACACGUUUCUGUGACACACAAUCAGUGCGGACUGCAGCGCGGCCCAGCCCCGGAGCAGCCCUCCUCGGACGCUCCGGCGCCGGGAGGCUUCGCUGGGCAAAGGAAAUUAAGAACAAAACGAUGUUCUGCAGAAGGGGGAAGAGCCUCCUGCCAAGCCCUCGGGAAAGAGUCCGCACCCCGGCGCCAAUCGGACUGCCCCCACCUGUGCCCUGCCCAGAAGGUGGAAUGGAAUGGGGGCGUGAGGGACAGGGGCGGGGGGGGGGGCGGGGUUGUCAGGUGUUUCCAAGGUUGUGACCCAAGGCACGCAGGCCCCAGCAGCCCGCACCCACGGAGCCCGACUCUUGGCUCUCCCCUACUCCACCUGAACUGCCCAGUUCCCCAGGGCCCAGGCAUCUCCUACUAGUGACCAGACUCUCAGCCCCGCCUUGCCCCUACCUCAGCGUCUCUUCCAUCUGCCGACCUCGCACUUCCCCCUCCUGCCCGUCCUUUUCCCAGCCCACGACGCUCUGCUUCUCUCCUCCCUAACUCGCUGUCCCGCCGGAGGCUCUUCCGUGCCUGCCUCAGGACCAGUUCCCGCAGGCCGCGGCACUGGUCUUCCCCGAGCGGUUGCUUGAUGCUCCCCAACUCCCCCGACACAGACUCUCAAUCUGCAGGUGGUGGGAGCAGGGUCUGAGCUGGCGUGGGAGCUGCGCGGGGUGGAAGGUGGGGGGCUGCCCACUCCACCCCCUCCCACCCACCUCCAGCCUCCUCCUCUGGCAGAAAAUGAACAGGGCCGCAAAAAGUCUACAUUUAUUUAAUAUGAUGAUCUUUGCAAAAGAGGAAAACGAAAACAAAAACCCAACAGGCUGCUGCUUUGUAGAAAGACGGUGUGUGUCGUGUGAAGGCGAACCCCUGUGUAUAUAACCCCGCCCCGUCCGUCCCGCCCUGCCCCGCCCCGCCGGGUAGAGUCCCAGUUGCCCGCCCGUCCUGCCUGUAGAUACGCCCCGCUGUCUGUGCUGUGAGAGUCGCCGCUCGCUGGGGGGGAGGGGGGGGACACAGCUACACGCCCACUAAAGCACAGCACGUCCUGGGGGAGGGGGGCUUUUUUUUUCUGUUACAAAAAAUUACGAAAGAAAAAUCUCUAUGCAAAAUGACGAACAUGGUCCUGUGGACUCCUCUCGCCUCCGUUUUGUUGGCUAUUUCUCUGUAAUUCCCUGUUUUCGCUCUCUCCUCCUCAUCUCUCUCCUCUGCAUCUCUCCUCUCUCCAUCUCUCUUCUCUGCUUCUCUCUCCCUGUCUCUGUCUCUCUCAGUCUUCGUCUCUCUUGUCUCUCUCUCUCCCUUGGCCUCUCUCCCCAGCCCUGCCCUGGCUGCCUUGCCCCCUGAGACUAGAUCAGAGGUGGCAGCUCCAGCCCCCAGGCUCGCCCCUCGCGGCCGUGCCCCGCACACCCUGGGGCGCCGGCGGCCGGGCCGCCCUGCCCCGUAGUUGCUCUCUCGGUAGCGGCGAUGCGCCCUGCAUGUCUCCUCACCCGUGGAUCGUGACGACUCGAAAUAACAGAAACAAAGUCAAUAAAAGUGAAAAAAUAAUAAAUAAAUAAAAAUCCUUGAACAAAUCCGAAAA